CGCAAGCUGAGCGCUCAUGCGUCAUGGUCGAUUAUCGAUUACCGAAUCCACAGCUAACUCCGUCAAAGUACUUGUCCUUUUUCCUUUACAUUUAUCUCGUUCUCAUAUUCCAUCUGCUCCUGAUAUCUAUCUUCACCAUGUCUGCUUCCGCUGCAACCAGUACUACUGCUCCUGCUUUCAACUGCCAACUUGAAGUCGUGGAAACAGCCAGCAUGCUCGCUUUACAAGCUCCCAGCGCGGACGAUCCUUUUGACCUGCUGGAGGCAUGGGGACGCGACAUCGCACUAUUUUUCACUUGCCUCCGCACUAAGGACCGCAACAAGGUGUUGCUCACAGUCACGGAAGUUAGCAACCUCCUUAGGACCUUCCAAGAUCGAUUGGACGUGUGCCGGCACAUCCCUUGGCUGUCUUGGGGCCGCCGCCGGCUUCCGCUCACCGUCGAGGCUUCAACAGCAUCACUGCGGACUUUUGUCGCUCUCUCUCGCCCUCAGCAGUCGCCACCUGCUGUUGCGAGACUCGUGACUCCACCUGAGCCUUCCAACAGCAGCAAAGGUAAAGGUCGGACUAUGCUUCCCGCCGCUGACCACAGCUCUGGUGUUUUCCCCUCUCCUACCGUUACCAAUGACAAUGACAAUAUUAAAGAGUCGAUGAAUUCCGCAGCCGCUGGCGCGAGUGAUAGCGAACUCAACGGGAAGCAUCCUGUGCGCCGUACGUCUCAGGUUAAACAUCGUCGAGAGCACGCGCCGCAAGUCGCUGCAAUAACCGUCCUGCCAAACGCCCCCGACUCUCUUUCAAGUGAUUGCGACUCUCGUUCUCGCAAAUGA